AACCUAUGCCAACUUUUAUAAUAGGAACCGAUCUUACAGCUUUCCGCAAUGACCUUAUAGAUGUGCUCAUCAGUUCUUUGGAAUAGCCUGCUGCACACAGUUGUUCACUCUGCUGCAACCAGUGUACACCCUUUCUCUACUCAGGCUGCAGUUGAAUACUAAGAAAGCCAUGGCUGUCCAGCAGCAGAUCACCACUGUAACCACCACCCAGAGCUCAGGGCAAUGGAGCACAGGACUGUUUGACUGCUGCUCUGACAUGGGCACAUGUUGCUGUGCCACUUGGUGCUUCCCCUGUUUUCAGUGUCAGACGGCCUCCCACUACGGCUGGUGUGCCUGUAUGCCCCUGCUGGACCCAUGUGCCUUUAUGGCUGUCUCCUGCUGCAUGCGCUCCUCCAUGAGAGAACGCUAUGGCAUUCAGGGUUCGAACUGCGUGGACGUCGGGUUGGUGUGUUGCUGCUACGCUUGUGCCUGGUGCCAGAUGGCUCGUGAGGUUAAGACACGGACCACAUCGGGCAUCCAGCAGGUUCACAUGGUCACCCAACAGCUUCACGUGGCUUAGGACCCAGAAAAGAGAGUGGUAAACUAGAUGGCCAAGCAAGAAGUGCAAUUUCACCAGAAAUGUUGAGCAAGUGCUUUAACUUUUUGUUCCUUAUCUUGCGUGACGGUUAACAUGGGGGCGUACUGUUUGCAUUUUAUAGUUUGAAAAAGAACACACUUCCAUAAUUUUGCUAUCAUGGCUGAAUAGUGACGUCCAUAAAUGAGGGCCAUGCAUAUAAUACCACUACAAUCUAUAGCAACCAUACUGUGUGUUGAAUGUACUGUAUACUUCAGAUGUGUCUUUAGGAGAGAAAUGCUAUACCAUCAUUAUUGUCUGAAUAACCAUUGAAUGUUCAUGUCAGGCUUUAAAACAUUAUAAACAGCUUACCAUGUACUUGC